UGCAAACUUUGUGAACCAAGCAUAGAUCAUUAGGGUCUCUAGGAAAAGAGAGUACUAAUAAAGAUCUGAGGCUACACAAGAAACCAAAUAUGGGAACUUUCUCAGGGUCGAGGCAAUGGCCUCGACUCAUCUACUUAGUGGCAUUUUGCCUACUUGCAAUUAGUGUCAUUGCUAAGCCUGAUGAUGAAGAUCAUGAUAGGAAACCUUUCCCUCAUGAAAAACAUAAAAAAGAGCACGAAUUACCUCCAAAGCAUGAAGAACAUCCACACCAUCAUCAUCAUAAACGACAUCCACAUGAACAUAAAUCUCCACCACCUCCACCUUAUGGUUACAAAUCACCGACUCCACCAAUCUAUUCUCCACCACCUCCAUAUGUUUAUAAAUCUCCUCCUCCACCAGUUCAUUCUCCGCCUCCUCCAGUGCAUUCACCUCCACCACCAUAUAUCUACAAGUCUCCUCCACCAUCAAAUCACUCACCGCCUCCACCGUAUGUAUAUAAAUCACCUCCUCCACCAGUUCACUCACCGCCUCCACCGUAUGUUUAUAAAUCUCCACCUCCUCCAGUUCACUCACCGCCUCCACCGUAUGUUUACAAAUCACCUCCUCCUCCUGUUCACUCACCUCCUCCACCAGUCAACUCUCCGCCCCCACCAUAUGUUUAUAAAUCUCCACCUCCUCCAGUUCACUCACCGCCUCCACCCUAUGUUUAUAAAUCUCCACCUCCUCCUGUUCACUCUCCGCCUCCACCAGUUCACUCACCGCCUCCACCGUAUGUUUACAAAUCACCUCCUCCACCAGUCCACUCUCCGCCCCCACCAUAUGUUUAUAAAUCUCCACCUCCUCCAGUUCACUCACCGCCUCCACCGUACGUUUACAAAUCACCUCCUCCUCCUGUUCACUCACCUCCUCCACCAGUCCACUCUCCGCCACCACCAUAUGUUUAUAAAUCUCCACCUCCUCCAGUUCACUCACCGCCUCCACCAAUUCACUCACCGCCUCCCCCAUAUGUUUACAAAUCACCUCCUCCUCCUGUUCACUCACCUCCUCCACCAGUCCACUCUCCACCCCCACCAUAUGUUUAUAAAUCUCCACCUCCUCCAGUUCACUCUCCGCCUCCACCAAUUCACUCACCGCCUCCACCAUAUGUUUACAAAUCACCUCCUCUACCAGUCCACUCUCCGCCCCCACCAUAUGUUUAUAAAUCUCCACCUCCUCCAGUUCACUCUCCGCCUCCACCGUACGUUUACAAAUCACCUCCUCCACCACCAUAUAUCUACAAGUCUCCUCCUCCACCUGUUCACUCUCCGCCUCCACCGUAUGCUUACAAAUCGCCUCAUUCACCAAUCCAUUCUCCGCCCCCUCCAUAUGUAUAUAAAUCUCCUCCUUCACCAGUUCACUCUCCACCUCCUCCAAUACAUUCACCUCCACCACCAUAUAUCUACAAGUCUCCUCCACCACCAAUUCACUCACCGCCUCCACCGUACGUUUACAAAUCACCUCCUCCUCCAGUUCACUCACCCCGUCCACCAGUCCAUUCCCCGCCUCCACCGUACGUUUACAAAUCACCUCCUCCACCAAUUCACUCGCCUCCACCACCAUAUAUCUAUAAGUCUCCUCCUCCACCUGUUCACUCGCCGCCUCCACCGUAUGUUUACAAAUCACCUCCUCCACCAAUCCACUCCCCACCCCCUCCAUAUGUCUAUAAAUCUCCUCCCCCACCAGUUCAUUCUCCGCCUCCUCCAGUGCAUUCACCUCCACCACCAUAUAUUUACAAGUCUCCUCCACCACCAAUUCACUCACCGCCUCCACCAUACGUUUACAAAUCACCUCCUCCACCAGUCCAUUCCCCACCCCCACCAUAUACUUAUAAAUCUCCACCUCCUAUAGUUCACUCUCCGCCUCCACCAGUCCAUUCACCACCCCCCCCAUAUGUUUACAAAUCACCUCCUCCACCAGUCCACUCUCCGCCUCCUCCAGUCCAUUCACUUCCACCACCAUAUGUUUACAAAUCACCUCCUCCACCAAUCCACUCUCCUCCCCCACCAUAUGUCUAUAAAUCUCCUCCUCCACCAGUUCACUCUCCGCCUCCUUCUCCAUCUGUCCACUCCCCGCCACCACCAUAUGCCUAUAAGUCUCCCCCUCCUCCUGUCCACUCACCACCUCCACCAGUCCAUUCACCCCCGCCACCAUAUAUUUACAAGUCUCCUCCUCCAUCAGUUCACUCACCGCCUCCACCGUAUGUUUACAAAUCACCCCCUCCUCCAUAUCACACACCGUCACCACUAAUUCACUCACCACCACCUCCAUAUAUCUAUAAGUCUCCACCACCUCCAGUGCACUCACCACCUCCACCAUAUAUCUAUAAAUCCCCACCUCCUCUAGCCCACUCACCUCCACCACCCCACGUAUAUGUUUAUCCGCUGCAGUCACCUCCACCUCCUCAUGUUCCCAAUCAUCCACCAUACCUCUAUAACUCACCCCCACCUCCUCCAAAAGGCUAUUAAGCUUGCUUUUAAUUAUAAGCUAUCUUAAAUUGCUUCAGUAUUAUUAUGGCAUGCAUGUGUUGCGGUUAGGAACUAUAACUUCAUUAAUAACAGGGGUUAUACGAUCUACACUAAAGGAAAUUGUCUUUAAAUGUAACCUUCUUAUGUAUACUUUUUAUUCAGAAGUUUGUUCUGCUCUAACAAUGUUCAACCAUUGUCAUUCGCUUAUGUUAAGUAUCCAUUUACUUAUUUGCAUGAUAUUCUUAUGUAAUUUGUGAGGUGCUACUUCGAAAUAAAUACUUUAUUUGACAUUA